CAGCCCACGUCCGUGGCCGCGCCCGCCGUGCGCCUGGGGCUGCCCGUGCAGGCCAAGGUGGUGCCACCGCCGGCUGCGCCCGCCAGCGCUGCUGCCACGCUGCCAGGGGGGGCUGUGCUGGCACACACCACGGUAUCAGUAGCUACGACAAGCACUCAAAAUCUGUUCAAGACAACAGUAGCAACUGGAACUUCAGCUUCUCAACAACCUACAGUGAUCACUGGUGGGCAGAGUCAAGGUUCAGCACAAAGCCAGGGUCAGCCUCGGCUGCCGCUGCCGCCUCACACGGCAGCACCAGUCCCAGCACAGCCCCUGGUCAUCCCCAGCUCCCCUGUGCCUGGAACCACAGUUGUGUCACAGGAAAUGCAAGAGAAUGUGAAAAAAUGCAAAAACUUUUUAGCUACCCUUAUAAAACUUGCUUCUCAUAAUUCACCAUCUCCAGAAACGUCCCGCAAUGUGAAAGCUCUGGUUCAAGAUUUGUUGGAUGCAAAGAUCGAUCCAGAAGAAUUUACAGGCCGCCUCCAAACGGAACUCAAAUCAUCUCCUCAGCCAUACCUUGUCCCUUUCCUUAAGAAAAGUCUACCUGCCUUGAGACAAUCUUUACUGAAUAGUCAGCAUUUGGUUUUGCAAGGACAACCGUCUCAGCAGCCACUCCAACAAAGCAAGCUCUCACAAGUGAUACCUCAGUCUGCCUCGGGAAGCAUUUCCUCUGUUGUCACCACACAGACAAUAGGAAUAAGGCAACCAAACAACAUUUGCACAGUCUCUGUAUCAAAUACAGUGCAGCCUCCUCAGGUUAAGGUGGUACAGUCAAAUCAGAGUUCUCAACUGCAGAUUAUCCAGUCAACAUCUGCUCAAACUGUGAAACGAACCCCUGCUUGCCAGACUACCCAGAUUAGGAUGCCAGUGGUAAUAACUCAGACCAUUAGACCACAAGGCACAGUAGGGAAGGCACCAACAAUACAAGCCAGUAAAAGUCCUGGGGGCUUUGGUGUUCAGGUCUCUGCAAAUCAGAAAAACAAGCUGAAUGACCCUGGAGGUGGUUCUUUCAGAGAUGAUGAUGACAUCAAUGAUGUUGCCUCUAUGGCUGGUGUUAAUCUUAAUGAAGAAAGUGCCCGAAUCAUGGCCACCAACUCUGACUUGGUUGGAACCCAGAUCCAGUCCUGUAAAGAUGAACCCUUCCUUGCUGCUAUACCUCUCCACAAACGCAUACUUGACACGGCUAAAAAACUAGGAAUUACUGAUGUGCCAGCUGAGGUCGUUACUUUUAUUUCCCAUGCAACACAGAACAGAUUGAGGACAGUGAUAGAAAAAGUGACAGUGAUAACCCAGCACCGCAUGGAAUCCUACAAAGAUGAUGAGUGGUACGAACAAGCUACAGACGUCCGAGCACAGUUAAAGUUCUUUGAACAGCUGGAGCGUUUAGAAAAGCAAAGGAAAGAUGAACAAGAGAGGGAAAUCUUGUUAAAGGCUGCCAAGAGUCGCUCAAGGCAAGAAGACCCAGAGCAAGCUAGACUGAAACAAAAAGCAAAGGAGAUGCAGCAACAAGAACUGGCACAGAUGAGGCAGAGGGAUGCCAAUCUCACGGCACUGGCAGCGAUCGGUCCCCGCAAGAAACGGAAGCUGGAUACACCUGGACUGCUCUCCAUAGGAGGGGAGGGUCUCGGUGUGUCUGGUGGGAGUCAGGCUGGCCUGGGCACUGCUUCCCCCAGGCAGUAUCCACGACAGAAAAUAACACGUGUAAACCUCAGGGACUUCAUCUUCUACAUGGAACAGGAACGAGAAAUGAGCCAUUCUCUCCUGCUCUAUCGAGCUCUGCUUAAAUAAAGCCAACAGUUGUACUGAUUGCUCCAUACAGAAGCUCAACUUGCAUUGAAAGCUGUCAUUUUAAUGUGCCUUCUAUUUUUUUCAGAAGUCAAUGUUCCAGUAAUUUUGUUUUGUAAAAUUGUCAGACACAUGCAAUAAAUUUCCUUUAUGUAAAAAAAAAGUAAUAUAAAAACCACCAAAAAAAAAAAAAAGUGAAAAAGGUUUUAAAAUGUUAACUCCACAGAUAUAACCAACAUGCAAGUCUUGCUCCAUUUGGCCAUUUUAGGUAAGGCUGAAGUAGCUGGUGUUGCAGUCACAAAUGCAAGGCUGCUGCAAUGGCUCACCUAAAGCAUCUCCUGGCCAGGACUGGGACAGGUCACAGGACUGGGCCCACCCCUGGUGUUCUGUGUGUUCACCUGUGGGGUUGGGCUUUCCUUCUUCGUUUACUGGCGCUGUCUCACUAACCAUGGUGAUACCUGGUGUUGUUUUAGCUUAGUUACAACGGCAGUUUUUUGCACAGCCAAGAGACUAGCACACUCUCACAAAUUCUAUAUAUUUGGGAUUUUUGCUUUUACUGCACAGCUCAUUUCCUGAGCCAUUUGCUGAACCAAAUCCUAAGUGUAUGAAGUCUGUGUGCUUGGGUCUCAGCUGAGUUACCUUGACUAGCUUCCAGUUGUUUUCUAAACCCCUUCAGCCUUUUGUGCAUUUGUAGCAGCUGGUUAGUAACAUGAUUCAAAGUUGGGUUUUAUUUUCUAAAAGAUGUUAAUUUAUUUAUUGCAAAGAGUAUGGUUUAAUGGUGGUUUUAAAAGAGAGUAUUGUUCAGUAAAGAUUUUUAGAGUAUUCUAUAUGGAUUUUUAAAGCCGCUCUAAAGGUUUUUGGAGGUCAGUUCCACUCUGGGACUGGUGAGAAUCCCGGUGCCACCAGGGGUGGCGAUGCCUUGGAUUCCAGUCCUGAGAGGCUCAUGAUCCUGAGAGGCUCAUGAACAGGCUUUAAGCGUAAGGAAUAGUUGUAAGUAGCUAAAAGGUGGGAGGAAUGCUUUUUAAAUGCUUUGCUGAAGCGGAAUUCUGGGCCCACACCAAAGCCGAGUGAGGUCAGUGUGAGUCUUUAAAUGGGGAUCGGAGAGGAGCAGUCACAGGCAGGUGGGCACAAGUCGUAUUUCAGACUUUAACAGUGUUACCAGUCACCAUGAAGGGAGACAUUUGCUUAUUUAUCUUUUCCAUUUUUACUAUGUUAUGCUUGCCACUUUUUUGAGGCAAUAUUUUUUUUUUUUGAUGGGAAACCAUAGCAAAAGCACAAAUAGAACUAUUUGUCCAAUAGUUUUAAAAACAAAGGUUUUAAUUAUUUUUUAAGGUUUAUGAAAAGCAGAAGAAAAUUUAUACUGCUGCUAUUUAGCCAAAAGAUUAUUCAUAAGGUAUUUAAGGCCAGGAAGUGUAAAGUUAUGUUUUAAAUGUAUUGAUAAUUUGUACAUAUUGUUUAUAAAGGCCUUGUGUUUAUUAGAGUUACGUUAUUUUGAUGAUUUCUGUACAUACUCGUAAAUACCCCCAAUUUGUGUGAAAACAUACUCCCUUAUUUGUACUUAUUUUGUAAAGAAAUAAAACAAUUUACUAAAGUAA